CUGUGAGGUCGGUGUCUGCGGGUCGACUGAUCUUUAUUAGAGCACUGCAACGCUGCUACGCUGCAACACUGUAGACUGCCAAAAUAUUUCCAAAAUGACUGGACAGGACUUGAUUGAUCAUUCGCCUAGUCAUCCAGAACCAGCGCCGCGAAUUGCGACUGCCUCCAACUUGGUCUUGAUCGACAACUACGACUCAUUCACUUGGAAUGUGUACCAGUAUCUUGUCCUUGAAGGCGCCGCCGUGACAGUGUAUCGUAAUGAUGAAAUCAGUCUUCAAGAGCUUAUUGAGAAGAAACCAACCCAACUGGUGGUCAGCCCUGGUCCUGGUCACCCAGAGACAGAUUCUGGCAUCAGCAAAGCUGCUAUAAGCCAUUUCAGCGGCAAAAUACCGAUCCUGGGAGUAUGCAUGGGAGAACAGUGCAUCUACUCUGCCUUCGGCGGCCGCGUCGAUGUCACUGGCGAGAUCUUGCACGGCAAGACUUCACCCUUGCGCCAUGAUACUAAGGGCCUCUACGUAGACAUACCACAAGAUAUACCAGUGACUCGGUAUCACUCUCUUGCUGGAACACACCCAACACUACCAGAAUGUUUGGAAGUUACUUCGUGGAUUGCCGCUGGCCCGGACGGUGGCAAAGGCGUAAUCAUGGGUGUUCGCCAUAAAGAAUUCGUGGUCGAAGGUGUUCAGUUUCAUCCGGAGAGUAUCCUGACCGCAGAAGGCCGGGUCAUGUUGAGGAAUUUUCUAAAAAUGCAAGGUGGAACUUGGGCAGAGAACGCACACAUGACAAGCUUGGCUGCCACGAAGUGUGCAACAGCAGCUACAGAAAGUCAAGAAACCAAUGGCACAAAGAAAGUUUCUAUACUAGAAAGAAUCUAUGAUCAACGAAGGCAAGAUGUGGCUACGCAAAAAGAAAUACCAUCUCAACGGUCUGCUGACCUUGAAGCAUCAUACCGACUCAAUCUCGCACCACCUCAGAUCUCAUUUCCAAAGCGGCUGAAGCAAUCUGCAUACCGCUGUUCACUAAUGGCGGAAAUCAAAAGAGCGUCACCAUCUAAAGGUAUAAUCUCUCUUUCAGCUUGUGCCCCUGAGCAAGCCCGCAAAUAUGCUUUAGCAGGGGCCAGUGUGAUAUCAGUCCUCACUGAACCACAUUGGUUUAAGGGCAGUAUCGAAGACCUUCGCGCUGUACGACAAAGUCUCGAAGGCAUGCCCAAUCGCCCUGCAGUUCUUCGUAAGGAGUUCAUAUUUGACGAAUAUCAAAUCCUAGAGGCCCGUCUCGCUGGUGCUGACACGGUCCUACUUAUUGUUAAGAUGCUUGAUGAGCCUGUCCUCAAGCGUCUCUAUCUUUACUCUCAGUCUCUCGGCAUGGAGCCCCUCGUGGAGGUACAGAAUGAAGCCGAAAUGAAAGUCGCGGUCACGCUUGGUUCUAAGGUCAUUGGUGUCAACAAUCGCAACCUUGUCAACUUCGAAGUUGAUAUGGAAACCACGAACCGCCUUCUCUCAUUCGUGCCUUCGGACACCACGCUCUGCGCUCUCAGCGGUAUCAAUGGUCCAAGAGACGUACAGUCUUAUGCUGAAUCUGGUGUCGGCGCCGUUCUCAUAGGUGAGGCCCUUAUGCGCGCUGCCGACACUUCCGUCUUCAUCCGUGAGCUCCUCGAGGCCUCCCCCGCAGCUGCUGCACCCUCAAUACAAGGCUCCGGAGUUCCUAUGGUCAAAAUAUGCGGCACUAGGACUGUCGACGCCGCCAAAACGGCCAUUCGGGCCGGUGCAGAUUUUAUCGGUAUGAUCCUCGCCGAGAACCGCACACGCACUGUCAGCACAAAAGACGCAAUCGCGAUCUCGGCGGCUGUGCAUGCCACACCCCGUCCAAACGUCCGUCUACCGCCAACCCAGACUGACGCUUCGGGUGCGCGCGAAUGGUUCGACUUUACUGCCGCCGAGCACCUCUUGCACCCAAAUCGCGCACUGCUUGUCGGUGUCUUCCGAAAUCAACCUCUGGAGCACGUUAUCGAGCAAACGAAAGCACUGAAUUUAGAUGUCGUCCAACUUCAUGGUUCAGAGCCGCUGGAAUGGGCACGGUUGAUUCCCGUACCUGUCAUUAAAAGCUUUCGACCUGAGGAUGUAGGUUUGGGGCUCAGGGGCUACCACGCACUUGCGCUACUGGACUCUGGUAUUGGCGGGACGGGUGAGCUACUAGACACAACAAAAGUCACCGAGGUGCUGGAGGCGGAUCCAGAUAUAAAGAUCAGCCUGGCAGGUGGACUACAUCCGAACAACAUCCAGACUGUACUUAAGAGUCUUGGUAAACUAAGCAACAGAGUUUUGUGCGUUGAUGUGAGCAGUGGGGUGGAGACCGACGGCAAGCAAGACCUGACCAAGAUCCAGGCUUUCAUAUCUGCUGUGCAUGCAGCAUAGACGGAUAAACAAGUUGAACAUUAAUGACACGAAAUGCAAACUAUAUCUUAAGCG